AUGGAGUCGUCGUCGUCGCUUAUAGGCCCUUGUGAUUCCGCCCGCUGCCCCUCUCGAAUCGACCGUUCCCAGUCGGCAGCACGCGACACCGUCCACUCGUCAUCUCUUCCUCCACAGCAACUUAGGCUGGUUGCAGAACUGGGUUGCUAUGGCUCGGAGGUUGGGCUGGAAGGGAAGGGAUGA